AUGCCUCGAGCAACCAAGUUCUUGUGGUCUACUAUGAUGACCAACCCCAUUCACUUGACGCCUCAAACCAAACUUUUCCUCUCCACCUUCCCAGCAGUCACCGAACUCGAUCUCCAGGGCGUGUUUCCUAGCACCGUUGAAGCCAAGCAGUUUCUCAGCAUGUUCAAACACAUCCAGUCCUUCAAAACGGCUUCUAUUGAUAUUGAACAUUGGCUCGUGGAUGAAGUUUUUGAAAUAUCGCGUCCUACUAGGCUUCAGCAUAUAUCUUACGAAUUCGACAUGCCCUUCUCUCCCAAGACAUUCAUUUGUCUCCUAGACAUGGCAGCUGAUUCUUUGGAGUACAUGUCCCUUUGGCUCCAAGCUGGCUGGACAAAGCUCCCUCCUUUCAAGAAAAGAGCAUUCCCGUCCCUUCGGUCACUGAAGUUUGCCGUAAUCAGUUUGGAGGCGGAUGAACCACUCUUUCAGCUGACCUGGUGUGCAGCUGCAAUGCAGCUGUUUCCUGCCGCCCCAGGACUGACAACACUAAGCAUUGAUGUCUUCGCAGACGAACCCCAAGAACUGACCGAUAUCUUGAAGAAAAGCUUUCCUUUCAAGUGGAGGUUGUUCGCCGAAAUUGUUUUGCGACUGUACCCAAAUCUGCGAAAAUUUGUAAUUCUCAUAUCAAUGCCAUACAAUUUCGGGGAGGUUAUGGGAAAGCUGGAGUUGUCAACAAAGAAGGUCCUUAAAGGGCUAGGGGAGCGAGUAACAAUUGAAUGGGUGGAUGAAGGUCCUAAGCCACAGGAGCCAUAGAUCUCUACCGACAAGUCUCGCUUACCGUGGAGCACGCUAUAACAGGCUACAUAUACCAAGUUUCUUGCUGCGAUAUGAAAAUAUUCACCUUGGAAACGCGUUCUCUUGGACGUGACACUGUCAUGUGAUAGCGUGACGUAGCGCGACUGAAAAUACUGAAAAAUAAUUUCAGAAUUUCUUUCCCCAGGUUCUCGGUGUCGCGACAUCGCAGUUUUCAUCAUAAACUUCGAAGACUUCGGAUAUAAAAUGGUGAUACAGUUUUUGAAAUUACAAGGCCUUGGUAUCUCCUUGCUCAGCACCUGAUUCCGCCACAACUUUUGUCCGUUCGUCCCCACGGUCGAUAAUCGACUCUAGGUGCUCGAGAGCCGCCUACACCCCAAGCGAAAUGGGAAAAAUGGUGCGAAAAUGGAUCAAUAUGGUUGAUAACGA